ACAGCUGGAGGAUGCGGCUCCGCGAUGUGGGCCGUGUUGGUAAAAUAGGCGCAUUGCAAGGAAAGCGUCGCCGGUGAGUUUGUAACGAAUCGACCUUCAACGAUCCGAUCCCCUCCUUCGCGCGUUUCAACUCCGGAAGGUAAAAAAAGGAAAAUUUCAAACGUCAAUUUGAAAAAAAGUUCCCCAAAUUUUCUCCGCCUUUUCCUCUUCCUCCUCGUCGCCCUCGAGCACCAAACCCUAGGUUCCGUGGCGUUCUCCAUCUCUCGUUCCGUUGCCACCGUUCCGACCAGGUCGCGAUGGCAUGAAGGCGGGAGCGGAAGGAAGCUUCGGUUCUUCGGUAUUUUCUGAGGCAAGAAUUGUGCUUUGGUUGCUGGAGCUGAUUUGAUGCGGAGGUCGAGCUGCAGAUGCAAUGAAAUCGAUCAAGAUUGAUCCACGGGACGAUGGGUGUGAAGAACUUUGCGAUUCCUAUCGUUUUUCUAGGUUUGGUCCUUGUUUUGCCGAUGCACGGAUCAGGUGGGAGGACAGGGCCGAGGAACUUGUGGCUGGAAUCGGGAAGUUUUGAGCUGAAAGAAUUUCCUCAGCUGAGCGAGUGCACGGUUAGAGUGUAUGAUCAUGAAGUUGAGAUGUCUCUGUUCCCAGAAAUGAAGCAUGCUGUUAUUGUUUGUCUCAUUAGGAAAGGAUUUCACUUGCAUCUUUCUAAUGGUGAUUUUAGACGUAAUGCAAUGUGCACAGAGUGUCUAGAAUUGGUGGUUAAUUGGCAUCAUGUUCAGAGAAGAUAUUUAGCAACUCAAUCUCCAAGUCCUGCACCUACCUUCUCCCUAGCUGUUGAUCGAUCUGCUCCAGCUGCAUCACCUACUCCUGAAGGUGAACCACAAACACCAAGUCCUGCUCUAUCGCGAUCUCCUGUUCAGCUACCUGUGAGUUCUACAUCUGGCAGACAUGGACCAACAGUUUCACAAAUUUCUGCACCAAAAUCAUCAAAACCUACACACCUCAAAAGUACUCCCAAUAGUCCACCCUCACACGAGCAAGAGGACCCAACAAAACUAAUUCUCGUUGCUGUAGUUCUUUCAUCAAUCGGGACAUCUCUUCUUUUUCUUUGUAUAUUCUGUUGUUACCGGAAAUUUUGCAGACGGCGGGACUCAGCAAAAAGGAGAGAUGAUAAGCCCCUAUUGCAUCUAAGAUUGAGCAAUGCCUCUGGAUCAUCUUAUACCUCAUUUGGUCCUGUUGGUUCAAAUAAUCAUACAGAUAAGCCUGCAGGCCUGCAGCAUAACAGUGGAUUUAGCCAAAAUUGUCAUGACUUCACCGGAGAUGUCAAGCCCGGAGGUGCAGCAUCACCUGAUAUAGUGUCAAAUGCUCCUUUUCUGGAGCUCAAUGAUGGCUCUGAACCCAAAAUAUUACUUCCUCUUCCUCCUGGUAGGUCACCUCUUCCUUCUGCUGCCCCUCCUACUCCACUUCCUGUUGUCCCAGGUCCUAUGUCUGCCGAUGUUCCUUCUCCUCCACCUGUUGUUGCUCCUUUGCCACCUGUUGUUGCUCCCCCUGCUCCUCCUCCUCCUCCUCCUGUUAAGCCUCCUAUUAAAAAAGUUGCACCUCCACCACCCCCUGCUCCACAACCACCAUUACGAAACCAAAAACCUGGUGCCCAGAUGCCUCCACCUCCACCUAAGGUUGCUCUUCCUCCUCGUCAAUUUCAAGGAAAUUCAAGAACUAAGAAGCCAUCAAAUCUCACACCAAGCCCUCACGAACAUGUUAAUGCUGAUGGUGACGACGAUGGUCCUAAAACAAAGCUGAAGCCAUUUUUUUGGGAUAAAGUUCAAGCAAACUCUCGAUCCAACGUCUGGUCUCACAUUAAAGCAGGAUCCUUCCAGUUUGAUGAAGAGAUGAUUGAAUCAUUAUUUGGCUACACCAAUGCUGCUGAUAAAAACAGUAUUGAAAAAAAGAAAGAGUCCAAAGAUGCUUCACCUCGGUUUAUUCAACUUCUCGAACCAAAGAAAUCACAGAAUUUAUCAAUAUCAUUAAAAGCUCUGAGCGUCAAAAGCAAUGAAGCUCGUGAAGCACUCAUGGAAGGAAAUGAACUUCCUACUGCUCUUCUUCAAUCAUUACUGAGAAUGCAACCUACCACUGAUGAAGAGCUGAAACUCCGACUGUAUGCUGGUGAUUUGUCCCUGCUAGCACCUGCAGAACAAUUUCUCAAAGACUUGAUUGAUAUUCCUUAUGCCUAUAAAAGGAUGGAUGCCUUGCUAUUCAUGUCCUCUCUGCACGAGGAUGUCACAAUCAUAAAGGCAGCUUUUGCAACAAUGGAGGCAGCUUGCACUCAACUCAGAAACAGUCGUCUCUUUCUAAAGCUUUUGGAAGCUGUUCUCAAAACCGGCAAUCGCAUGAAUGUCGGCACAUACCGUGGAGGUGCUCAGGCAUUCAAGCUCGACACACUGUUGAAGUUGGCAGAUGUUAAGGGUACCGAUGGAAAAACCACUCUGUUGCACUUUGUUGUUAAACAGACUAUUCGUUCUGAAGGAAGACGUUCUGCACGUUUAGCAAAAGAAAGCGGAAGCAUGACUUCUCUGGACAAUUACAGCUUCAACUCCAACGAUUUGUCCGAAGUUAUUCCAGGAGAAGCCGAAGAUAACCUCCACGCCGAAGGCCUCAAGAUAGUUUCUGGACUUAGCUGCGAGCUCGAGAAUGUCAAGAAAGCAGCAGGAAUUGACAUCGAUGCGUUCACCACAACGGUGGUUAAUUUUGGCCGCAAGUUGAUAGACACUAAAGAAUUCCUGAACAAGGAUAUGAAAAGCUUGGACGAGGACAGUGGCUUCCACCUUUCCCUCAAAUGCUUCGUGGAGCAUGCUGAAGCUGCCAUAACUUUCUUAUUGCAAGAAGAGAGGAGGAUAAGGACCUUGGUACAGAGUACCACAGAUUAUUUUCACGGGAGUGCCACGAAGGACGAAGGUUUACGGUUAUUCAUUACCGUCCGGGAUUUCCUUGGCAUGGUAGACAAGAUCUGCAAGGAGGUGAAGGAAUCGCCGAAGAGAGUCGCAAAGCCAUCGAAAAUUAGGGACGGCCCACCAGCAGCACCUGCUACUGAACCCCGACGACGAUUAUUUCCUGCGAUCAGGGACCAGAGGGUUGAAAGUUCCAGUUCAGAUGAAGAGGACGAUUGAUGAGUUCGAGUGAUUGUUGGCUUGGCCUCGAGCAGCAGGAACAAAUCUGCAUCAAGAAAAUGGGUUGGAGGAAGAACUGGCUAGGAAGCGGAAAGGAAGAGAGAAAAUAAUACAUGCGGCAUGACAAUUCUCAGAUGUUCACUGGCAAAUUGCUCGCGAAGUCUGAUAUUUUAAGGAUGAACAAGCUUGAUCUUAAACAAUUCCGGAUGAUACAAUGCUAAUGGUACAAAAGUUGGGAAAA